CGGAGGUUUUGACUGUUGUUGUUGUUGUUGUUGAAGCUGUUCUUGAGACCGUUAGUAUGGCUGCCAGCCAGCGUAGCGACCCGAGCUCGAUCAAUGUCCUUCUGAUGGAGAAGAUCUCCACCGAGGCCGUCAAAACUUUUCAGGCUGAAGGUUUUACUGUUCGCCAAGCGGUCAAGUACUCGGAGGAAGAGCUUGUCGAGGCCAUCAAGGAUGUGCACAUUAUUGGCGUUCGCUCCAAGACCAAGCUUCCCGCCCGUGUUCUCGAUGCGGCAACCAAGCUCACGGCCAUCGGCUGCUUUUGCAUCGGCACUGAUCAGACGGAUCUGAAGCAUGCUGCUUCCAAGGGUAUCCCGGUCUUCAACGCCCCGUACGCCAACACUCGUAGUGUCUCAGAGCUGGUCAUUGCCGAGAUCAUCAUGCUGGCCCGCCAAGCUGGCGAUCGCAGCAUGGAAAUUCACCAGGGUGAAUGGAACAAGAAAUCUGACGGCUGCUAUGAGGUUCGUGGCAAGACGCUGGGCAUCAUUGGCUACGGUCACGUCGGCUCCCAGCUCUCCGUCCUUGCCGAAUCCCUGGGCCUCAAGAUGAAGACCGGGUCAUACCUGAUCAACGCAGCACGUGGUAGCUGCGUUGACAUUGAGCACGUUGCUGCUGCCCUGCGCUCUGGCCACUUGGCCGGCGCCGCCAUCGAUGUCUAUCCCAAGGAGCCUGCGGGCCACACCAAGGAAUGGGUCAACGUUCUGCAGGGCUGCCCCAAUACAAUCCUGACUCCCCACAUUGGCGGCUCCACAGAGGAGGCCCAGGCCUCCAUCGGUCGCGAAGUGGCCACCAAAAUCAUUGCCUACAUGGACCGCGGCUCAACUCUUGGUGCUGUCAACGUUCCGGAGAUUAACAUUAGCGCCCGCCUCGACGAGGGUCAUUCGCGUGUCGUUUCCUUCCACCAAAACACACCUGGUGUCCUGCGUGACAUCAACAACAUCAUCUCCAUCGCCAACAUCAAGUCGCAGCAACUGCUGACAAACGACGAAGUCGGUUAUCUAGUGGUCGACCUCGAGACUGUGUCCAUCAGCGAGGUGAAGGAGAAGCUGGAACAGGUGCCACACAAUAUCCGCUUGCGCCUUCUCUUCCGCGGACCCGGCUACGUGGCGUUGGAACCCUCGGAUUAAACUUGCGCUGAUGCAACCCAAAGCACCGUGUUUUGUGUUCCAAGUGAUACCAUGACCGCGGUGCGAACAGAUGUGUACUUAUUUACCUCCCAUCCUCACCAUUACAACCGAGAUGUUCCCCUUAUCUUGUGGGCGUUCUUCCGUGUGUUUGCGUGUACUCUGCGCGACGAUUGAGCCUUGCACAAGUGCAACGUGUUUCAAGCGCGAGUCAACACUAUUUUGUGUGCAAACAAACGUUCGACACCAAAUCUCGCUUCCAGACCAGCUUUGCACACCCAAGAAUCGAAUUUCGGAAU